ACGGCCAUUUUAUCUCUUUUUGUGGUGUAGUGGCCAAUGCCCUCGGUUGGGAGGUUCCGUCGACUUCCUCCGCUUUUUCCUUUGUUUUUGGAUUUCCUUGAAGUCCAGAAUCCGGAUACAAAUAUCUUUCCGACGAAGCUAAUAUUAACACGGUCACAUGCUUGAGAUGCUUACCAACACACGCGCCUCUGUAAUUGCCAUUCCCACUUCUUGCCCUUUUACCACCAUCUACGACUAGCUCGUAGUACUUCUCUCCAUUUGCUCCCAUAUAUUUCUGCAUAUUUGCACCCUCUAUAUCUUCUGUCACCAUGUCUCCUUGCAAUCAUGCUGUCUCAAGGACGACUAUAGAGGUAUUCAUUGGCCUUGGUAUUACAUUCCCCUUCAACUUUUUUGCCCAUGAGGAGGCGAGAAUUGCUGUAGCCACUCCUCCACCCAUGUCACACUCCAGAGCCAAAUCCUGUCCCAAUUCGUCUUCUCCCAUCUUUUUGCCUUUCUCCUUCUGCUCUGUUUCCCCGAGCUUAUGCCAUCGUUCUUCAAAGUCAAGGCUAUACAAAAGGAUAGGCCUAGGCCACCCAAGUUCCAAAUUGGUCACUCAUGAUGAAGUGACUACGCCUGCUUCGAAACGCCGCGGUGUCUCAAACACUGUUAUUCUUUCUACGAACUCUGGUCGAAAACUGGCCUCUUCUAUCAACGUCCGAAGUGGCCCGCCGGAUUGGGCCUUGGCGCCCUUCCUACGAGGAGCACGGGCACCACCAGCGGCGACUUGGGCACUUCCCAUUGCUAGAGCGAAAGCAAUGCUGCCACAGACGUUCCGUCCACUCUCCCUGCAGUUCUUGGGCGACUCUACCUCACAAUUACCCGCCGAGACGGCCUUUUUGUAAACAGCCAGCUGGCCUGGGUCUCGGGCAUCCUGCAUCCAACGCCCUCCACACCACAUAUCCGCCGCCGUCGCCACCACCACCACCACCACCUGAGCCAUCUGGAAUAGGCAUGCUCUCAUCCUCGCUGUCCAUAUCCUCUGAACACUGUCGGCUCACAUGUCAAUGUUCACUGAAACCUCCACCGCAUCCGCAGCCUCAGCCGCGUACUUGCUCUUGUCGCCUUUUCUCGUCAAAAUCGACCUUCGCUACCCCUUC